AUGCAAUAUCAAAGGCCUAUAUCACAGGAAACCCAAUACUUUUUAAAUUCUGAUUUCGGUAUCAAUAAACUUAGAAAAAAAAAAAAAAAACCCCCCGGGCUUCCAAGUUCUAAAGAAUAA